AUGAAGAAUAUGAUUCCAAUUUGCGCACUGAUGUGUGUGAUAGUCAUGGUUCAUGCUGAUAAGGAAGUGAAAAUAAAAGAAGAAUCUGAGUUUUUCUCAGAACCAGGAAAAAAUAUUUCUUCAAGAUGCCACCAAAAGAAUGAACAAUAUAUACUUGAGGAGCUUCCACCGUUUGGCGCCGAGGAACUGGUCUGCGAUUACUACAGAUGUGUCAAUACACGUUACCAGAAAACCAAGUGUCCCCCUGGUAGGGCUGUUGGAAAAAAGUAUUUGGAAAUGGCAAACCAUGGAAUUGCCACUAGUCUAUUUCCCUGCAGCCAGCAAACUAAGGCUUGCGGAGGACUCAGUGAUGUUUCAUUUCGACCAGAUUUAAGGUUUUGUGGCUUUGACCUGAUAUGGGUAGUAGAUAUGAGUUGCUCCAUUGCGGAUGAAGACAAAGCAAAGGUGGUUGACUUCAUCAACAAAGUUAUUUCAAAGUUUCAUAUUGGUCCAAUGCAUGUUCUAACAGGAGGUCUCUCUUAUGCAUCAGAGACAAAUGACAUACAGACACUUAAAGAAGGCAGAAAUAAACCAAUCACACUUAGAAACUUCGCGAAAAUGGAACAAAAAGAUGGCAAGUGUCGAACAAGGACAGAUUUAGCCCUGAAACAAGUUCGAGAUCAUUACUUCACGAAAGCUGCUGGAGAUAGGCCUGAUUACCAAAAUGUUAUGGUAUUCAUCAGUGAUGGAAUGACAUACAUUUCAAAGCAAGAUGACAAUGAAGCUUUUUCUCAAGAAGCAAUUGGUUAUGGGGUUGAUAUCAGGAAAUCAGGAGCAAUAAAUAUUGUGGUAGGGAUGCCGCAUGCAAAAAAGGAUGACUAUGUAGGAAUGGAAGAAUGGAUAGGGAUAAGUGGAGACUCAUCAAGAAUAUAUCUUAUGGAAUCUUUUGAAGAGCUCGCAGAAAAAGUACAAUACAUGGCAGAAAAUAUUUGUCGUAAGUAGUUGCCUGUCAUCUCCAAACUUUUGAAAGCUUUACGAAUACAUUGUGUUAUACAGUAUAUUUCUAGGUGAAGACUUUAAUAUCAAUUCCGACAUACAGAAAAGUAAAUGUUAAUCAAAACCAGUAAUAAUUAAUACUCUUAAUCACUUUUAUCUAAUUUUAGCAUCAUCUUCGGAGCAGUAAAUACAUGCAUUAGUAAGCCUAUCAAUGGUGCCUUUAUAAAAAGGACUCUUGCUACUAACUACAGAAUGUCAACAUGGAUGCUCGGAGCAUCUCACUUAUGAAUAUCUGAAGGCCUCGAGAAACUAAAACUAAUCAAAAAGGAAAUAUGUCAAUGAACUAUGCAUAUGCAUAUGUUUAAAGUAACAAAGUGAAUUGAGUUUUGAAUUCCAUGUAUAUUCCACCAGAAAUGCAAUAAAUGGUUUUGACUAAAGAA